AUGAAGGGAAUUGUGAAGCUCUGUUCCAUAGCUCCCCUGUUUCUGGCUCUGGGUCUUCUUCCUCUCGCAUUGGCCGGCCAUGACUACGCCCAAGCUCUCAGCAAGAGCUUCCUCUUCUACGAGGCUCAGAGAUCUGGGUAUCUCCCCUCUACCCAGAGAGUCCGCUGGAGGGGCCAUUCCGGCCUCCUCGAUGGAAAAGCUAAUGGGGUGGAUCUUGUUGGAGGGUACUAUGAUGCAGGGGACAAUGUGAAAUUUGGGUUGCCCAUGGCGUUCACGGUUACCAUGAUGUCCUGGAGCAUCAUCGAAUAUGGGAAACAAAUGGCUGCCAGUGGGGAGCUUGGGCACGCCAUGGACGCCGUUAAGUGGGGAACUGACUACUUCAUCAAAGCUCACCCUGAACCUAACGUCCUCUACGGCGAGGUGGGAGAUGGUGACACCGACCACUACUGCUGGCAACGGCCGGAGGAUAUGACGACUUCGAGGACGGCUUACAAGAUUGACCCAAGCCGGCCGGGAUCCGACCUCGCCGGCGAGACCGCCGCCGCCAUGGCCGCCGCGUCCAUCGUCUUCCGCCGCUCCAACCCUUCCUACUCCAAUGAGCUGCUCCAGCACGCGUACCAGCUGUUUGAAUUUGCGGACAAGUACCGGGGCAAAUAUGACAGUAGCAUAACCGUCGCACAGAGAUACUACCAAUCCGUUAGUGGAUAUGCGGAUGAGUUGUUGUGGGCAGCUGCCUGGUUGUACAAGGCAUCAAACAACCAAUACUACCUGAACUACUUGGCCAAGAAUGGCAAUGCCCUUGGAGGGACUAGUUGGGCAAUGACUGAGUUUGGAUGGGAUGUUAAGUAUGCAGGUGUUCAAACUCUUGUUGCCAAGUUUCUGAUGGAAGGAAAAGGUGGUGGAUAUGAAUCAGUGCUUGAGAGUUACCAGGAAAAGGCAGAGUCUUUCAUGUGUUCGUGCCUCGGAAAGGGAAACCGAAAUGUUCAGCUAACUCCAGGAGGGCUAAUUUACCACCAGGGAUGGAACAAUUUGCAGUUUGUCACCAGCGCGUCGUUCCUUCUCACUGUCUACUCUGAUUAUCUGUCGUCUUCUCGCAAGUACCUCAAGUGUAACUCUGGCUAUGUUCCCCCAUCUGCAUUGAUCUCAUUUGCUCAGUCACAGGUGGACUACAUUCUUGGAGACAACCCGAGAGCCACUAGUUACAUGGUGGGCUAUGGGAACAACUACCCGAGACAAGUUCACCACCGAGGCUCCUCCAUUGUGUCCAUUAAGGUUGAUCCUACAUUUGUUAGCUGCAGAGGAGGGUAUGCCACCUGGUACGGUAGGAAAGGCAGUGACCCGAAUCUCCUUACUGGUGCCAUUGUUGGUGGACCUGAUGCUUAUGACAACUUCGCUGAUGAAAGAGACAACUUCGAGCAGACCGAGCCUGCUACUUACAACAAUGCCCCGUUGAUUGGUGUCUUGGCUAGAUUGCACGCUGGCCGUGGUGGAUAUAACCAGCUCCUUCCAGUUGCUACUCCUCAGCCCAAGCCUACUCCCAGAUGGAGACCAACUCCCACUCCAGCUCCAGCAUCAGCUCAAAUUUGGGUUCAACAGAGGGUGACAAAGUCAUGGGUUUAUGGAGGCAAACUAUACCACAGAUACUUGGUAAGGGUGACCAACAAGUCUGGGAAGACUGUCAAGAAUUUGAAGCUCUCCAUUUCCAAGCUGUAUGGCCCUCUCUGGGGUCUUUCAAAGUAUGGGAACUCCUACUUCUUCCCAUCAUGGCUCACCGCUCUACCGGCUGGAAAAACGCUCAAAUUCGUGUACAUCCACAGCGCCUCUCCGGCUCAGGUCUGGGUAUCAGGCUACAACCUGCUCUGAUGAAUCAAUCCCCAGAAAUUCCAAAAGUGGGAAUUAAUGUAAGAAUUGUGCAGCCAUAUACAUUGACGCAGUCCAGGAUGCCCUUUUUUCUUCUUCCAGUCUGUUGUUUACUGUCUGCUGUAUUUUUAUAAUUUUAAAGCUCUGGGUGGGUGGGUGGGUGGUUUGCAGUUAGGUAAAGAUUGAGUGAAAGACAAUGGGGAAGAAAGGAGUGAAGAGAGGAAUUUAAAAUGAGUGCUCAUCCUCUUUCUUCUCCACUUUGCUAGUGAGACAUAUACUUAUCUGAGUGACACAGGGAAUGAGUGUUGAGAAGUUUAAGGAAAAAAGCUGACUUCUCAACCAAAAUCUAGUCUUUUGUUUCAUGCUUCUUUGCCCUUUAAUUUGGUGUUGUAAUGUUGUAAGCUUUACAACAUAUUUCUGCUAUCAAUCAAUAUAUAUAAAUUUAUAUGAUUAUAUUUCAA